ACUGCAGCCAUAUUACAGGAGAAGAUCAGAGACUGCAGAAAUACUACAGGAGAUGGUUAGAGACUGCAGACAUAUUACAGGAGAGUAUCAGAGACAGCAGAAAUACUACAGGAGAUGGUUAGAGACUGCAGACAUAUUACAGGAGAUAAGAGACUGCAGACAUAUUACAGGGGAGGAUCAGAGACUGUGGAAAUACUACAGAAGAUGACCAGAGACUGCUCACAUACUACAAGAGAAGAUCAGAGACUGCAGAAAUACUACAGGAGAUAAUCAUAGACUGCAGA